AUGGGGGCUGUACGUGAUGCUGUAGCAUCGGCAAAUGCUCUGGGGUCUCCAACCGAUGUGCUUCCUGCUGCAGCAGAUGGAGCAGAAGCAGCAGCAGCAGGCAGCAGCGGAGGCGAAGGAGGAGAGCAGCAGACAGCGGGAGGGCUCAACCCAACUCAUGUUGCUUCCCUCGUCCUUAUCAUACUCGCUGUUCUCUUUUCUGCAUUCAGAAGCCCUGCUGCGUUGCCGGCGAAGGCAUCCAGAGAGCAGCAGCCGCCAAACAGAGAAGAUGAUGCCGGACCCCCCGUAGCUUGA